GGAACCUUUCUCGACUCCAGUGUCACGAUGUUGCACAUCGCCACCCUCUUUUAUUCUAUCGCCCUCUUCGCGGGGCUCGCCACUCUUCCUGUCGCGCUCGCUGAUACGUGGGGACCUGCUUAUUCGCUUGGGCCGACGAGUACGUCGAUUAUCGAGGCGUAUACAGUCUUUAACCCUGGAACGCCACCGUCGCCUACGCAGGAUUAUCUUUUCUUGUGGCCUGGUAUCAGUAACGCUACCAGUGGACUCAUUCAGUCUGGGGCGGACGCGAUCGCUGAUCAGGAGACCUACUGCGGCGCCACUGAAGAGCAGUGGUGCGUUAGUGCCAGCCGUUUCGGUUCGGACGGGCAGACUUCUGGAGAUCUCGUCCCCGUUGAUGCGAAUACCAACAUUACCAUACAUUACUUGUUGGGAUGCGACGGCAUCACAUGGAACCAGACCGUCACAGUUGGUGGAGAGGUCAUCUCGACCUUGACUAGCACCGAUGGCCCUCUCAUCGAAGGUGGCUGGGGGACGGGUACCGAAUGUCAAAGCUCCUGUACAGGCACAGGCUCCGCUCAGUUCUACUACGACACGAAAAUCACCAUGUCUGCAGAAGCGCCCGAAUUCGACCAGACUCUGGGCAAAGGCGACGGCGUGAUCGCGACUGACCUGUAUACGAACGAUGGAGGGCUUACUUGGCAGGUCGAUUCUAUUGAGAUUCCGAAGUAUACUGCUUCGACUUGAACACUUCAAUUUCUUGUCUAUUUCUGGUCUGUCGGGAGAGGCCUUCCUUCACUUUUUUAAGGAUCUGAAC